CGUAGACGUUGCUGCUCAGGCUUCAAGAUGGCGGAAGCCCUGACAACUCAAGAGGCGGCAGUGGAGGAGUUCCUGGCUGAGCUGAGGUGUCGGGAACAGUCUCAAAAUGCAGAUCUCAUCAGUCAGAUGACAGCGGUUAAGUUCCUCAUGGCAAGAAAGUUUGAUGUCUCUAGAGCCAUAGAUCUUUUUCAAGCUUACAAGAAUACCAGAAUAAAGGAAGGCAUCUACAAUAUUAACCCCAAUGAGGAGCCAUUAAGGAGCGAGUUACUCAGUGGGAAAUUCACAGUUCUGCCUGGUCGUGAUGCGAAAGGUGCAGCUUUGGCUCUUUUUACAGCACGUCUCCAUCAGCCAGACCGCACUACCCAUAAAGCUGUUCUUCAGGCCAUUAUAUAUCAGCUGGAUAAGGCUAUUGAGAGUGUUCAGACUCAGAGAGACGGGCUCAUUUUCAUCUAUGACAUGACUAACUCCACAUAUGCCAACUUUGACUAUGAGCUUUGCGUCAAGAUUUUGAAUCUGCUUAAAGGGGCUUUCCCUGCUCGUCUGAAAUGCGUCUUCAUCGUGUCAUCUCCGUUGUGGUUCAGAGCACCGUUCGCGGUACUCCGUCUGUUUGUGAGAGAGAAACUGAGAGAGAGGGUGUGCACUGUAAAAGCCCAUGAACUGGUCAAUCACAUCCCGGUCAACUCCCUUCCAGAACAUUUGGGUGGCUCAUCACAGUAUAGCCACAUUGCCUGGAUCCAAUCAUGCGUAAACUCCAGCCCCAAUCACCCCAAUAACUCUGCAUACGUCACUGGGGAUUGCUUGGGAAGUCUGCUUCACUCCUACUCCAUGGAGCACGACCAGAACACCUCCGCUGACCCCUUAACUGCCAAAACGUCAGGGGCCACCUUCCUGGGGGACGGCCUGAACUCAAACUGCCCCAUUUUGGAUGAAAACAAUGCCAACGUGCCGAACCACAGAACGACAGGCCAUGCGCAUUGGAACGGCUCUGCACUGCCAAGUUCAGAGUCGAACGCCAAUGUCUUAAAUGGGCGUGGCCGUCAACCACCCCCACAAUCGGACACGCCCCCAGAUACGCCAAUUCACCAAAAAAACACAGCAGGAGGUGGGACUUUGGGUGUGAGAGGAGCAUGUUUGGAUGCCAGUCGGCAGGAUGGCAAUGGUGCUGAGGAGAGUCAACAGGAUGUGGAGUUACUAGAAGACGAAAUGGGUGAAGGAGAUGGAGUUCCACCCCUUCCACUGAAAUCAAGGCCGCCACCCCUGAAUCACAGCCCCACCCCAGAUAUGAGCUGGUUACCGGGAUCGCUGACGGAAACAGCCAUGUUGUCAGUUCAUGUCGCUGAGCCUGGAGGAAUGAGUGUGCAGGAUCUGGUACAGCACGUCAAGCGCAAAAAGAAGAAGGGCAUUUAUCAGGAGUACGAGGAGAUCCGCAAAGAGCCUCCUGCUGGAACCUUUGAUUAUUCAAAGAAAGCAUCUAACCAGAUAAAGAAUCGCUACAGUGAUGUGCUUUGCCUUGACCAAUCACGUGUUCGCCUCUGUCCGCUCAAUGAUGAGGAUGAUGAGACAUCUGACUAUAUCAAUGCAAGUUUCAUGGAUGGUUACAAGUGGAGUAAUGCUUACAUAGCUACUCAGGGGCCUUUGCCAAAAACAUUUGGAGACUUUUGGCGAAUGGUGUGGGAGCAAAUGGUUUUAAUCAUUGUCAUGACUACAAGAGUUGUAGAGCGAGGCAGAGUGAAAUGCGGGCAGUACUGGCCAUUAGAGACUGGCCGCACUGAGGAUUAUGGGUACUUUUUGGUGAGAAAUGUCCAUAUUGAGAUGUUUCAGGACUUUAAGCUAUCACACCUGGAGCUCUUCAACACUCAGACAGGGGAAUGUAGGGAAGUGUCUCAUUAUCUCUACAUGAGCUGGCCAGAUUUUGGUGUUCCGAAGUCAGCAUCGGCCAUGUUGGAUUUCCGGGCACAAGUAAAACAUAGACAGGAGUCCUCAUUACGAACACUGUAUCCAGAUUGGACGGGACCCCCAGGAGGCCCCCCAGUGGUGGUGCACUGCAGUGCAGGCAUCGGCCGAACAGGCACGUUUUGUACUUUAGACAUUUGUCUCUCUCGUCUGGAGGACAUCGGGACAGUGGACAUUAAGCAGACAGUGCGUCGCAUGCGGACACAGCGUGCCUUCAGCAUCCAAACAUGGGACCAGUACUAUUUCUGUUAUAAAGCGGUGAUCGAGUACGGCCAACAGAGCGGCUUGCUGCAGCCAGUGGAGUGGUCUGACACAGAGCUGGAAACCGACAGCGAGUGAAUCAGGAAUAACAGGACUCAAGCGGCACAGAAGGAAAACAAGCCGUCUUUUUCCCCUCUCCAGGCUACAGGUAGACUCCACCUUCACCUUUUUUCUCCAGAGGAACAUGCGGAGAUACUGAAAGAGGAGCGGAGGAUGCUUUUAUCCUGCCACUUUUAAAGCCCUUCUUUUCACUCUGAUCUGAACCAGAUCCGAGACUGAGGCUUUGUGUACGAGUUGUAGCAUUUUAUUUUUGUUUUGUUUGUUUGUUUUACUUUUGAUAUAUAUAUAUAUAUAUAUAUAUAUAAUACUGACUUGCACAUGUGGGUUGACAAACUUGAAAAAUCCAGUUUAUCGUAUUAUCUGCUCUCUUUAUUUUUAUUAUUAUUAUUCUCAACGUGUUGUCAAUUUAAUAUCACUCGACUAGAGGGUUAAAUUCACACUUUUUAUCAAAAGUGUAAGAACGUGAAACUUGAAUAUACUUUUUUCAAAAAAAAUCUUCGUCUCGCAUCAAAAUAGCAAUUCUCUUCAUGUCUGAACCGGUUUCAACAGUUUUUGUGUUGCGUUAAAACUAAUCUUCAAGCCAAAGGUAUGGUGUCGAAUGCUUGGAUGUAUCUGUUAUGAUCGUCGUGACUUAAACCCUUGUAUAUCUUGUAACAUACAUUUAUAUAUUGUGCAUAACAACCUUUGAAAAGCCUUGUUUUAAUAUAAUACUCUCUCUUCGAAAAUGUGUAUCUAUAUAUAAAUAUAUAUAUAAAGAAUAUAUGUAAAGUUUUAUGUCGGGUUAAAACCAUAUAAAAAGAAGGAGAGGAGGAACACGACUAUGCCAUAUACGGUAUAUCAUGUUGAUUGUUGUGGUCCUGCAGAUUUGAUUUUCAUUUAACCAUGACUCAUGAUUAUCCAGCCUUAAUGCAGGGCGUCUCUCACUCAGAGCAUCUCCGCUAUGAGAUUCUCUCAGAAUUCUGGCCCUUAACCUUCAAUCACUGCCUUGCUCCCUCUCAAGUAUGAACUUUGACUUGUUUUUUUAAUCCUUCCACUAUGAGCCCCAAGUUGAAGUAUCUUGACCCUCACGGACACUGCUUCUGUUACCAUGAUUCCCUUCAGUGUCUGUACUGAUGUGAAGUGUUGGAGUCAUUUGUUACAAGUGAACUGGGUCUUCAGCUGUGUAAAGCUCCGGGGCUGAAACGCCUCGGUUUUUGUGCCUUCAAGUUUUCCGUAGCUCAACGAGUAGAACAAUUUGUUUCACACACACAUAUAGGGAAUUUAAUUUAAUCUCAGGGGUAUACUUGGUGUUUUCCUGCUCUCAAAACAUGAACAGAAAAGAAGCAAAAACCUAUAGACGUGUUAUUUUAGAGUUUAUACAGCAUCCUGUAUUCUUUUACUGUUUUUAUUUAUGCCUUUUCAGCAGUAUUGAAAUUUGAAUGUUGGUACGACAAAAUGAACAGACAUGAUGUUUUUUUUUUCAAUGGAUAAGCUAAAGAAAUCAAACCGCAAGACAGAAGACUUCUUGGUUUUCGUUUUGUUUCUCAUUAAGUUCAGUUCAAUGUGGAAUUGUUACUCAGCGUUGUGUUUUGGGAGAUCUGUUAUUUUUCCAGAUGCCUGUAGCAAAACCUUUUUCAUACUUUGAACUGUUAAAAGGGCCAAGACUUAAACACACACACGUGACCGAACAGCACGGCUGCCACUAACAGUUUUUAACUCUUUGCCAAUCAGAAGACAGAAAGACGUUUUAAUGUAAGAAAACCAAAAAGGAAAAAAAAAUAGGAAAUGAACUUGAAUGUUAUGAUUAUGAUUAGAAGAAAAUCACAUUGUUUUUAUUUUGGAGAACUACGGAAUGCUUUCUCCUGGAAUAUCAAUGCUUGUAUGAUGAUGAUGAUGGUAGUGAAUGUGUAAACGUCCCACUCAUCUAAUGUUUACUGAUUUCUCCAGUGCAGGUGUGUUUUAUACGGCUGAUUCCUGCUUGAAUGAAACGAAGUGGGACACACUUGGCUGUGAUUGAUUAAAGCAGUCGGGAAUGCAAUGUGAGUGUUUUUAUUUGUUCUUUUGGUGCCCAAAAAUCUUGUGAUCGAGUAAUAGCCUUUUUUUUUUUACUUCCCACAUCUGCACUAGUGUUGUAGUAAACCUGAAUAUUAUUCUGAAA